AUGGCAAUGGCAUCAUUAAUCCCAAAAGAAAUUUGCUCUACACAAGAAUACCCAAAAGAAACUGAGGAUGGAGAAAUUGUUUUGGAUCCUGGAGAUGAAUAUAGUAAGCACGAGCAAAUACGCCAUUUACAAGCAACCCGGGUAUCUCUUGAAUGUAAGCUGCUUAAAGGUGCUUUUUCUUUUGCUGCUGUUCAUCCACCACACCAGCGACAGAUUGAUUCAUCAUCACGGUCGGUCCUUAGCAGUUUCUUAACAAAGGAUGGAAGAUACAUCGACCACUCCCUCGUUGCUGCCUGCGCUGUCCAUGAGUUGUCCGCUCUUGCUCUCGACAAAGAUGGCUCUUUCUGGACCAACGACGGCCUGCUUAACCAGCUACAUUAUCAACAGACUUUCCCCCGGCCCGAAGCAGUGUGGACAGAUGAUGGUCAUGCUAAUUCCUCAUGGACUCGCGCAUCCCGGGCUUCUGCUGUUGUCAAGAUGGAACACACCCUCCUUGCCAAGAAGCUCACCAUACGCUGUGAUAGGGACUGGGAACAGCUAUUCCCAUCCAUAGUGUCAAAAUCUACAGGCCUUCGAUUCUUGGUUCAGGGAUCACCGUAUUGUAACCCAGAUGGCUCCGUGCAGCUUAUCCAGAUAUCAUUGCAGGCGACUACACCUAUUGUUCCCGCAAGGACCUUUGUUAUCCUUAGAGCUUGUAAGAAGAUUGAUGAAUCGACUUGGGUAGUAGCCGACGUCUCAGUUGAUAGUUUGCUGAACGUUGGUUAUCCUUGCGGGUGUUUGAUACAAGGAAUAGCCGAUGGAUCGUCCCAGGUCACAUGGGUGGAGCAUUUGGAACUCGAACAGAGUUACCUGGACCCCAAGCUCUACAACGAUCUGUGCUGUAGAGGCUUUGCGUUCGGUGUCGAACGAUGGGUUGCGUGCCUUGCACGAUCGUGUGAAAGAAGAUCUUAUCGUCCAUCCAUGCCUGAUAUAGCUCUCACACGCUUAAGAGGACAAGGUACAUUUAUUUUUCCUAUCCUAUUCAUCAACAUUUUAAGUAGUUGUGAAUGA